UUCUCUAUUGAUACUUUUCAAAUCCCCAAAUGGAUCACAAACCUCCCAGAUGUUUAUACACAAAAUAUAUUUUACCAAUGAUUUAUGCCCUAUCAAUCUUUCAUACCAACGCCUAUUUCAUAACUUCAUGCAAACAAACUCCAUACCCUAACGUCUGCGCUCACCACAUGUCUAAUUCACCUCUCAAAACUUUAGACGACCAAACCGAUGGGCUCACUUUCCACGACCUUGUGGUUAGCUCCACCAUGGACCAGGCCAUUCACCUAAACCGCCUCGUCUCUAAGGUGAAACGGCGUCGCUCUAUCCACAGACAUGCCAAGUCAGCUUUGCUCGACUGCUUGGAGCUCUACGAAGAUACCAUAGACCAACUCAACCACUCUCGGAGUUCAUAUGCUCUAAACUUUUCAGCGCAUGAUAGACAAACCUCGUUAAGCGCUGCCAUAGCUAAUCAAGACACUUGCAAAAACGGGUUUAAAGAUUUUAAUCUAACCUCUUCCUAUUCAAAAUAUUUCCCUAUACACGUCCACAGGAAUCUCACUAAAUCAAUAAGCAACUCUCUAGCGGUUUCAAAGGCCGCGUCUGAGGCGGUUGCCGAGAAGCGUCCAGCAAAGGCGUUCACAAAAUUCAACAAGCAAGGAAGUAGCGCUGGAGGUGGUGGUGGUCGGAGAUUGAUGUCUUCGGACGACAAGUUUCCUUCGUGGAUCUCUCUUCCCGACCGUAAACUUCUAGAAGAUUAAACUACGGUUAAACCUGAUCUUGUGGUAGCUAAAGACGGUUCGGGUCAUUACACAAGUAUUCAACAGGCGAUAAACGCAGCAGCCAAACUUCCUAGGAGAAACAAGAGACUUGUAAUAUACGUUAAAGCUGGUGUUUACCGAGAAAACGUGGAGAUCAAGAAAUCAAUCAAGGACGUGAUGGUUAUCGGAGACGGCAUCGACUCUACCGUCGUCACCGGUAGUAGGAACGUUAAAGAUGGCACGACGACGUUUCGGUCCGCAACUUUUGCUGUCUCCGGCAGCGGUUUUAUCGCACGAGACAUAACAUUCGAGAACACCGCGGGCCCGGAGAAACACCAGGCAGUGGCUCUCCGGUCAGGCUCAGAUUUCGCAGUCUUCUACGGCUGUUCUUUCAAAGGCUACCAAGACACUCUCUACCUUCACUCCCGCCGUCAGUUCUUGAGAAACUGCAACGUCUACGGAACCGUCGACUUCGUCUUCGGAGACGCAACCGCAAUCCUCCAAAACUGCAACAUCUACGCUCGUAAACCGAUGAGCGGCCAGAAAAACACUGUCACGGCUCAGUCCCGCAAAGACCCUAACGAGAACACAGGAUUCGUCAUCCAGAGCUCGACGGUGUCUACGGCGGCGGAGACUUACUUAGGAAGGCCGUGGAAACAGUAUUCUAGGACGGUGUUCAUGAAAUGCAGCCUCGGAGAGAUGGUGAAUCCGGCGGGAUGGUUGCCUUGGAGCGGUGACUUUGCUCUGAGGACUCUUUAUUACGGCGAGUAUGGUAACACUGGCGCAGGAGCAAGUGUCUCCGGUAGAGUUAAGUGGCCAGGUUAUCAUGUUUUGAAGACGGCGACGGAGGCGGGGAAGUUCACGGUGGAGAAUUUCUUGGACGGGAAUUAUUGGAUUACGGCGGCGGGAGUACCGGUCAAUGCGGGGCUUUGACUUAGUGUUUUACUUGUGUUGACUUUGCAUGUGUGAAGUCUUUGGUUUUUGUUGGCGUGUUGAUGUUUAUAUGAUAUAUAUUGUCCAUGUAAUGGAUUGGAUAUGGAUUGUUUUCAACUUUUGAAUAUAGAAUAAGAAAAUCAGUUUAAUG